ACGCGAUACAGCAGGAUACAGUAUGAAUUUUUAUUACGACGUACAUGCUUAUAAUUUCACGUGGUCACCGUUUAAAUGAGAGUGAAUGCGCUUUAAAGGAAAUUAAGUUAGCACUAUAAUCUUUAAGCUAACAAUCUAUAUUCUAACCUGGAACAUCCGAAGAUAGUAGAAUUCAUGUGAAUGCUAAGAUGAGUGAUACAGAAAUUGAUCAGAAUUUAAACGACGAUGAGGAUGUCUCUAAACAUCACUCAAAGUUUAUCGAGGCUGUGGCAAAGCUCGAUAAAGGACGAAGAAUAAAACAAGCAGAAAGAAGUGAACCGGCUACACAAGUAUCCGAAUAUCACUUGGUGAAAAGUGGGGUAUCAGACAAAGAUGUGGUACGCAUACAAGACCUGGCAAAAUCAUUAGGACGUAAAGGAUAUCAAACUGAGAUUGUUAAAAAGCUUCGGAAGAAUAAAAUUCUUUCUAAGCCACUGGAGAAACCAGUUGCUGAAAGGAUAAAAAGGGCAGUUGGUUAUGAAAAUGUUAAGAAUGAUUUAGCAAAGUGGAAGGGUUUAAUCGCUAAGAACAGGACAGCACCACGGUUGAUCUUUCCAUUAAGACAUCCGACCGAGGUGAAAGAAUCUCCUACUACAGAAUUUUUGAAGAGAUUUAGGACAAUGUCCACUUUGAUGCAAGAGUUACAGAAGGAUCCAUCAUCAGAGAAUCUUCCAGCUGCAGAAGAGGAAAAGGAUAAUAAAUACAAACUGACUAAGCAAGAGAUGAUCUUGAGGAGGAAGGAAAUUGCCAGGUUCAGAGCACAACAGUCGUAUAGAGAGGCAAAGGCACGUCGUGAUCGCAAGAUCAAGAGUAAGAAUUAUCAUCAGCAAAAGCGAAAGUAUAAAAUCAAGCAGCAAUUAAAGGAAUUCGAGGAACUACAGAAAAGCAAUCCGCAAGAGGCUCUGUUGAAAUUAGAACAGAUCGACAAAGUUCGUGCGGAAGAAAGAAUGUCAUUGCGACAUAGAAAUACAGGCCAGUGGGCUAAGAAUAAACAAAUCAGAGCGAAAUAUAAUAAGGAAGCUCGACAGGUACUUUCAGAGCAACUUGCGAUUAAUAGAGACUUGACACAGAAAAUUAAGGCACCAAAUGAUGAAGAUGAGGAUGAAGACGAAGAAGACGAAGAUGAGAUAAUGUCAAGCGACUUAAUUACAAAUGACAAUGAGAAGGACUCAGAGAUAAAGACUGAGUCUGAAGUUGAGGCCUUCAUAAAAAGUUACAGGAAGUAUUGGGAUGAAAAACAUCAGCAGGAACAAGAGAAAAAAGUCGCAAAGGUUGAUUGUGGAUCAAAAAACCCUUCUGUCCAAAGAGAAAACAAUUCAAUUAAUUCUAUAAAUCAAAUUGAAGAAAGUAAGAAGGAAGAUAAAACGAAAGAUAGCAAAUGUCGCAUAAUGUCAAACGAAAUGAUAUCGAAGAAGAUAUUGAAAAAGAAGAAGCAAGCAAAGGGAAAUGAUACGGAAAGCGAAACUUCUUGCGACGUUGCAGUUAUUACAUUUGAAUCGCACGUGGAAGAAUCACAACAUAAUAACGCAGAUGAAAAACAGUGCAAUAAGAAGUCCAAAGUACAAGACAUAGACGAAAUAUUUGAUUCCCUAGAAGAGAAACUGAAGUGUAAAAUCGAUCAGAAGCUGCAGAAAAUACAGAAGAAGCUUAAAACUAAUAGCAAAAUAAAAAAGCGCGAAGAAAAGUGCGAGGAGGAAGACGAAGAUAUACCGGAACUCGAAUUUAGAGAUAGAGAUACGAAGAGGAGACCUAUUCUCGAUCAGCCUUUGGAAGAAACUACUUCCAAGGAAAGUGCACAAGAGAACAAGAAUCUGACAAGUUUAAAGACUGUAACGAGUACAAAGCAGAAACCGAUAGAAGAAACGAAUAGCAAGGAGGCUGUGAAGGAAAUUGAUCCAGAUAAGUAUUUAAAUGUUAAACCCAAAUAUAUAAAAACACAAUUGCCAGAUAUGGUUACGGGCGAGGACGAGAACAGCGAACAGGAGGAUGAAACGCAUAGAAUAAUGAGCGAGGCGUUCGCGGACGAUGAUGUUGUUGAGGAAUUUAUAAAAGAAAAAGAAGAGAGCCAAAAAUUGCAAGAGCCUGAUCAAAAUCAGCCGUUGCCUGGAUGGGGAAGCUGGGUGGGACCCUCGUGGAACGAGAAUAUGGAGAAAAAGAAACAGAAAAAGAGGAAUAGGAGGAAAAAUAGGAUGAUUAUAAUGAAUAUUGCCAAGGAAGCGCCGCGUAAGGAGGAGAAUAAAGGCAAGGUAAUAAUUUUCGAACAGGAGAACGAGAAGCUGAAAAAACACCUUGUCAACGAGCUACCGCAUCCGUUUAAUUCUGUCAAAGACUACGAAGCGAGCAUUAGAGCCCCUAUCAGCAGAACUUUCGUUUCGGAAAAUGCUCAUUCACGAAUGAUUCAGCCAGCAAUAACCACUAGGCUUGGCCAAAUAAUUGAGCCGAUGGAUGAGGACUUAAUAAAGAUGCAACCGAUGCAGAUGCCGAAGAGAAAACCACUAAAGCGACGUUUCAAUAGAAAGAAUGCUGCAAAGAAUAAUAAAAAAAGGCGCAAAUAAUAAAUACCCAAGUAUCAAAGUUAUUUCCAUAAUUAAAUAUUUAUCAUAACACAUUGUAAUAUUUUCUUUAUAAUAAAAUGUUUAAAUAAAAA